AUUGUAGUAGAUAAUCUAUAUUUUCACACUCAAUAAGCCUUUAAGGUUUUACCCUUAACAAUUUUGCUACUUCUUUUUUGGUGCAACAACUUUGCUACUUUGUUCACCAGUUUCCAUAAACAAGCACUUGAAUUUCACAUUUUCUUAUAUCAUUUACUUUUUUCAUGGUCUCUAAAACUGAAGUGGAGCACAAUGAAAAAGGUAUAGUGGUAUUUCAAAGACGAAGAUAACUUGGCAGAUAAAUAAAGCUGAUCAAGGGAUUUAUUAUAGCAGCACCGGAUUGUUAAUGGUUUGAGUGGGCAUCAAAGUAAAAUAUAGAAAAAUUUAGGGUGAACUGGAGAAAUGUUGGAAGAAGUGAAGGCUGUAAUUGCAAUGCUUGUGGUCCAGUUUAUUUUCGCAGGAAUGUUCAUUUUGUUUAAGUUAACGGCCCACGAUGGUACAAAUCUCAGAAUCCUAGUGGCUUAUCGUCUCUCCUUCGCUACCCUUUUCAUGUUUCCCCUCGCCCUCAUCUUCCAAAGGAAGAAGCGACCGGAAUUUACACGGAGACUGGUCUUAUUAGCAUUUCUUUCGGGGUUGCUUGGAGCGGCUAUACCAAAUAUUCUCUAUUUGCCGGGCCUGGUUCGUACAUCAGCUACAUUUUCGACUGCAGCCAGUAUCCUUAGUCCGGUGAUCACUUUGUUAUUGUCAUUGGCUUUUAGGAUGGAUACUCUACGGCUGGGAUCAAACGAAGGGAGAGCUAAGCUUCUGGGUACACUUCUUGGUGUUGGUGGGGCUCUCCUCUUUGUAUUCUAUAAAGGUUUUGAGCUUCAUAUUUGGUCAACACACGUUGACUUACUUAAAAGCUCUGGUCAAUCCUCUGGCCCUGCCACUGAGAACCAACACCACAUCUCAAUUUCAGGGGUUCUUAUGGUUUUUGGCUGUAACGUUUCCGUCUCUCUUUGGUUACUAUUGCAGGCAAAAAUAAGCAAGGAAUUUGGAGGACAUUGUUGGAACAUAAGUCUGAUGAAUGCGACGGGAAGCUUGGUGUGUAUGGUUGUUGCUCUCUGUUCGGAACAUAACUGGAAUCAAUGGCGAUUAGGGUGGAACAUUAGCCUGCUUACUACGGUUUAUUCGGGAGUCGUGGUUUCAGGGCUAGUCAUGCCUCUUGUUGCUUGGUGCAUUGAAAAAAAGGGACCGUUAUAUGUUACGGUGUUUAGCCCUAUAAGGCUGGUGAUCGUUGCCCUAGUCGGAUCAUUUGCGUUAGAGGAAACGCUUUAUUUGGGAAGUUUAAUUGGUGCAAUAAUAAUGGUGGGAGGAGUAUACCUAGUGGUGUGGUGUAAAAUGAAGGAAAAGAAGAGUGUCUCUACGACAACGGACCACGGUGAGACAAAUAAGAAUAUCAAAGAAGUGAGCCUUGGAAAUCUCUCAGCAGUAAAUAACAGAGAUAUCCCGUGAUUCAACCAUAUCGCUGUUUGUUUACAAAAAAAAAAAAAAAAAACCAUAUGGCUGCAUCAUAAAAAAAGUCCUUCGUCGAAAUAAAAAAAUAUAUAUAUAUAUAUACGAGACUUAAAAUCCAUAAGCCUCUGCUUUUGUUUCUAAUACAAUUCUCAUCCUUGGCAUAGCUUUGGCUCCCAUUCAAAUGAAAUUGCCUUCUUGAACUCUCAA